UUGACCGUGGUGGCACUAGCUUACAGUUAAAAAAAUUUUGUUUGUGUCUGACAAAAACAAAUUGGCGAAACAAUGGUUCUAAAUAGAAAUUUAUUUGUUACUAAGCAAUUACUACAGAAUGUCAGGCAAUUCCGUUACUCCUAUUCAAGUAAACAAGUAUCUGAGGAUCCAGACAAAAUAUUAGCCGACGGUCUUGACUUACGAGGGCAUCCUAAUAAUUUGGUAACCAUAUGCUCACCGAUUGGAUUUAAGUUUAACAUUGCAAAAGCGAUAAUAGGUCCGGUUGCACUUUUUCCAAAAACUAUUCUGUGUUGGAAUGUCAAGAAUGGAGAGAAUAUAAAUAAGAAAACAUUGUCACUAUUUCUUGUUCUUGAUCCAAAACCAGACGUGAUAGUCAUAGGGCUUGAAACUCAAUACAAAUAUAGUAAAAUUUUAGACAUAAAGAGCAUAUUUACUGAACAUGAUAUCAGAGUUGAAAUACAUCCUGUACGAACAGCAUGUGGUAUUUACAAUCUUCUGUCUAACGAAGACAGAUAUGUAAUAGCAGGUUUGAUACCUCCCCUUGGAACAGAAAAGUUUAUGCGAAUAGGCCUUCAAGUCUCUGAUUAAACGUAAAUGUUAUAAUAUUAAGAGUAUGGAAACUAAACUCUAAUGUGUAACAGAGUUUAGCAUUAAUUGAUUAAUUUGUCGUAUGAUUAAUAAUUUAAUUGUUAGUUUGUAGCGAUUGACGAUUGACAAUCAAUGAUUCUUUUUAUUGAUCAAAAAUUAGAUUAGUCUGAUUUACAAUUAUUCAUUUGAAUUUAAAUCGUUAAUCAUACUGUAAUUCAAUU